AACUACCGUUCAAACGAUUCAGCUGGUUCAUAUUUGUGCGCACCUUCUGGUUCUAUAUAUUCAAUGAAAUGCUUCACGAUAUGAGCAUCAACCUCUCUCACUCGCAUUCCAUCAGUUUCUGAAAGAGUUGAAGCCCCACGAGAAAUGAUGGACCAACAGAGAAGUGAGAGAACCAUCAAACCAAUUCAUGUUCUUGUUCUUGCUUACCCCGCACAAGGUCACAUGAACCCGGUGGUCGAGUUCUCGAAACGCUUAGCCUCAAAGGGUCUCAACGUUGCCCUCAUUAUCCCCAUCUCCGAACCUUCCAAGUCCCUCCAUUCGACAAACCACGCAAUGAGUUCCAUCAAGAUCGAGCAAAUAUCUGAUGGGUUCGAGGGCGUGGACACCAGAGAGCUGAACCGGGAUGUCUACUUUGAACUUUUCACAGUUUCGGUCUCAAAGAGCCUGACCAAUUUCAUCGAGCAACAUCAAUCUUCUCAAGAUAAUCCAGCGAAAGUCCUCGUGUAUGACUCGGUCAUGACAUGGGCUCUUGACAUAGCGAUACAGCACGGCAUGCACGGAGCUUCGUUCUUCACUCAGUCUUGCGCGGUUAGUGCCAUUUACCGCCACGUUCACAGAGGAACGCUAAAGUUCCCCUUAGAAGAUUCAAGAGGACAGGGACAUGUUUCUGUCCCUCCGGUCAUCUCGAAUUUGAAGUUGAACGAUCUUCCUUCGUUCGUGGCCGAUGCUGAUGCAUAUCCUGCGCUUGCGAAACUCGUGCUGGACCAAUUCUCCAACGUGAUGAGAGCUAACUGGCGCUUGUUUAAUACCUUCGCCGAGCUCGAGGUUGAGGUGGUAAAGUGGGUGGGGAGUCAAUGCCCAGUGCUCACUGUAGGACCAACGAUCCCAUCUAUGUACUUGGACAAGAGAAUCCAACACGACAAAGAUUACGGACUCAGCCUCUUCAAGCUUAACGAUGCCGAGACAAGCAUCGAGUGGCUUGACUCGAAGGAUGCCGACUCGGUCGUUUACAUAUCAUUCGGAAGUUUGGCUUCCCUUGGAGAAGAGCAAAUGGAGGAAAUAGCUAUCGGACUCAAGAGAAUGAAGAGCAACUUCCUGUGGGUGGUGAGAGCGUCUGAAGAGAAGAAGCUCCCAUGCAAUUUCAUGCGAGAUAUGGAGUUACUAGAUGGGAAGGGUUUGGUGGUGAAGUGGUGCGAUCAACUCCAAGUGCUGAGCCAUAGCUCGGUGGGUUGCUUCAUGACUCAUUGCGGGUGGAACUCGACUAUGGAAGGAGUGAGCUUGGGUGUCCCGAUGGUGGUGAUGCCUCAGUGGACUGACCAGCCGACGAAUGCGGCAUUCAUCACGGAGGUAUGGAAAGUCGGUCUCAGGGUUAGGGUGAAUGAGAAAGGGAUUGUGACUGGCGAAGAAAUCGAAAGUUGCGUGAACAAGAUCAUGGCAGGAGAGAGAGGGAAAGAGAUCAAAGCAAAUUCGUUGAAGUGGAGAAAGAGGGCGAGAAUUGCUAUGAAAGAAGGCGGGAGUUCUGAUAACAACAUCAGCGAUUUCGUGAAGAACAUAAUUGAGAUGUACAAGUGAUAUUGCUUCAUUCAUGAUUAAUAAGGAGUCAUUUGCAAAUGGAACUUCACUGCAGUUCAUUUAUGAGUAAAGAUGAUUACUUUAGCGAUGAU